GUUUGUCGAAUGAAAUUGGGUGGUAAAUUCGGGGGUGAAAAUAGUCCGGCUGCAUAAAGGCAGUAGCCUUCGCCAUCAGCGAUCUUUCCAGUCGCAUGCUGAAGUUGCGUUCGGAUCAUGUCUAGCGAUUCUGCUGAUUACAACAGCUCAAGAGACCGAGACCAUGGAGGGCCCGACGGAAUGGAGCCUGAUGGUGUCAUUGAGAGCAAUUGGAAUGACAUUACAGACAACUUUGACGAUAUGGUCCUGAAAGAGACUCUUCUCAGGGGAAUAUAUGCAUAUGGUUUUGAGAAGCCAUCUGCAAUUCAACAGAGGGCAAUCAUCCCUUGCAUUAAAGGCUAUGAUGUCAUUGCUCAGGCCCAGUCAGGUACUGGCAAAACAGCCACGUUUGCCAUCUCUAUCCUGCAGCAGCUGGACAUUGAGCAGAAAGACACACAAGCCCUGGUGCUGGCUCCCACCAGAGAGCUGGCUCAGCAGAUCCAGAAGGUGAUCCUUGCUUUGGGUGAUUAUAUGGGUGCAACCUGCCAUGCCUGCAUUGGUGGAACCAACCUCCGAAGUGAGAUUCAGAAGUUCCAGGCUGAGGCCCCUCAUAUUGUCGUGGGCACUCCUGGACGUGUGUAUGACAUGCUCAACAGGAGACAUCUGAUCCCCAAGUAUAUCAAGAUGUUUGUCCUGGAUGAAGCUGAUGAGAUGUUGAGUCGUGGAUUCAAGGAUCAAAUCUAUGAAAUCUUCCAAAAGCUGAGCACCAACAUUCAGGUGGUUCUACUCUCUGCAACAAUGCCUGCAGAUGUGUUGGAGGUGACAAAGAAAUUUAUGAGGGAUCCCAUUCGUAUUUUGGUCAAGAAAGAGGAACUUACCCUGGAGGGUAUUAAGCAGUUCUACAUUAAUGUAGAGCGAGAGGAGUGGAAGUUGGACACCCUGUGUGAUCUUUAUGAGACGCUGACCAUUACCCAGGCUGUCAUCUUCCUCAACACCAGAAGAAAAGUUGACUGGUUGACAGAGAAAAUGCAUGCACGUGAUUUCACAGUAUCCGCUCUGCAUGGAGAUAUGGACCAGAAGGAGCGCGAUGUCAUUAUGAGGGAGUUCAGGUCUGGAUCGAGCAGAGUGUUGAUCACGACUGAUCUUCUGGCUCGAGGCAUUGAUGUUCAGCAAGUUUCCCUGGUCAUAAACUAUGACCUUCCAACUAACAGAGAGAACUACAUUCAUAGAAUUGGCCGUGGUGGCCGUUUUGGCAGAAAAGGAGUUGCUAUCAACUUUGUCACUGAGGAGGACAAAAGGAUUCUUCGGGACAUCGAGACGUUUUACAAUACGACUGUGGAGGAGAUGCCUAUGAAUGUGGCAGAUCUGAUUUGAGCUCAAAGAUUCGUUUUUAUUAAACGCAGUGAUAGCGAUUGUCCACUUGCAUUGUGCUUAUAAUAUUCGAGGGGGAAAACUUCUCAAUGCUAAACUUUGGAUCUGAAUUUUGGUAUGUGUUAAAGCGAGGUGACCUCUAUGGUGGUCCCUCCUGGACAGUUGUAGAUUCUAACCUCAACACUUGGCUGGUUGGAGCUACAAAGCCAUGGGGUCUGUAAACUUAAAGGUCCUUAUCAGGUAUUAUUUUCCAUGUUCAAUUAAAAUGCGUGUAUUCGAUGUUCUCCACCAUUUAGUAACUUACUUGUGGACUAAAAGGUAUAAGUGCUGUAUAAAGUCUGCAAAUUAUGUUAUGCUAACAUAUGUGCGAUUUAUAUAUCGUGGGCCUGCUUAAACUUAGGCACUUGUCAUGUUAUAAUGUAGAUUCACUUGCUUUUGUUAUAUUUUGUGAAUGUUUUAAUUUAAUGUUCCAUAUUUUUAUCCCACCUGCUUUACCAGACUUCUCACUGGUUGAACCUGUUUUGCUGAUGUGGUUUUACCCUUCCCAGAGAAUAUCUCCAUUCUUUUCAAGAGUUCCUCCUCCAGAAUUGUAUGAAUGUCUUAAUAAAUUAAAUGGCUGUAAAAUUGGA